UCAAAUGUCAAAUUGAGUGAAAAUCAAUUUUUGAAAUGGAACUAAGAAUUUUCCCAUUUUCAUUUGUUUUUGCUCGUGGCAGUGUUCAGCAUUAUAAAAUUACGAUUUCUUUAAUCAAUUGAUUAAUCAUGUUCGUGAUGAGAUUAUAUUAGUGAGAAUUUAUGGAUUCAUUAUGUAAAAUUUAAUAUACAUAAAUCAAUUCUGGUUCACCAAGGCAAAAUGUUUUCUUUUUGAAACAGGGAUGGUUUAUCUUUAGGGAAAUGAUUUCAUCUAAAUGUUAUUCCUUUGGAUAUCGAGCAUUAUUGCGUGUAUCCACGAUUUUAAGAUUUCAGGGUCAUUACGUAAAUAAUGCUCAUUGCCAAUGUCACACUUUACACCAACAACGACGCACUUUCUUCAACUUCCCUAAUUCUAGUCGAAAAAGAGAAUAUUGUGGAAGACAAUUAGUUGGUUACACAAUGGAGCAAAUGUACGAAGUAGUGUCAGAUGUGGAGAACUAUCACAAGUUUGUUCCUUGGUGCAAGCAAUCUAUUGUUCGAACAAAAACUCCUAGCAACCUCAAAGCAGACCUGAUUGUUGGUUUCCCACCAAUCAAUGAAAGCUACACAUCUAAUGUGACUUUGGUGAAACCUUACUUAGUAAAGGCAGAAUGUAGAGAUGGCAGGCUCUUCCAUUAUCUACUAACUCUAUGGAGAUUCAGCCCUGGUCUGAAGAGGGAACAUCAAUCCUGUGUUGUUGAUUUUCAAAUAGCUUUCGAAUUUCGCUCCACCUUUCAUUCCCAUUUAUCGAAUUUAUUUUUUGACCAAGUUGCAAGACAAAUGGAAGGAGCUUUCAUACAAGAAGCAGGCAAUAGGUAUGGGCCAUCUUCAAUACCUCCUAGAAAUCUCCUUCAAAAUGGUAAUGUGAUAAAAAGUUGACAUAAUAUAGAAGAGGUAUUUAGUUAGCAAAACUUAUUUAUUUAUAAAACUAAAAAUAGAAAAUAUGAAGGAUGUAAUUGACUAUAAGAGUAACUAAUAGGACAUAAGUGAAAUAGAAUGGUAUAAAAUAUUGAAAACCAGUAUAAAUAAAUCUCAGAACAUGUAGUUACGAAAUAUGGGUGGACACAACUCUAAAUUACAGAAGGGUGUAAGGAACGAAUGCUUAAUAACUACAUCAAAGAUGUAAACACAAUACCUUUUAUUAUUUUAGAGGUUAGCUAAAAAUUGAAGAAAAAGGAUAGAUUUCAGUCAAGCUGAUAAAUCCAGAGGAGGCUGUGCUAGUAGGUAGCAAAAUUGUAAAAUGUCAUAAACUAGGUAUAUUUUUUUUUUUCAAUAAUAAAUGUUUAUUUUACUUUA